AUGACGCUUUUCUGCGGUAUACGAGCCAAAUUCUGGAAAAAACCGGCAGCUGUUGAGUCGUUGGCCAGAGAUAUUGGAAUUUCUGCAGCUCCUUCGUCAGUUCCAGUUUCCGACUUGGCUGCCGAAUUGUGGGAUGCUGCAUAUAACGAAGCGAAGAGAAGAGAGGGAAAACUCGUCGAGGCCUACGAGACGAUUCUGUCAGCCCAGCAGCUUCUCUCUGCUCAGCUUGAGAAGGAUGCAGGACAAGAUUUCUCGGCUCCGAUGGCCGACGACCCCUACCAACUCCAAGAUCUCUCCCUGCAUCAGAAUGUCAUCCCCGCUGAUCCUAUGAAGAGGCGACAGAAAAUGCAAGGGCUUCUCAAAGAUGGUAUGAAGCGGGCAGAACGGAAGGCAAAGUUCCAGAAAGGGGUCGAAACCGCGGCGGAAAUUGUUUCUAUGUUCAAAGAAGUCGUUGAUAAAGCAAUUCAGGCCUCGCCUCAAGCUGCGUUGGCCUGGGUCGGUGUCUGCGUUGUCUUGCAGCUUUUCUUGAACCCUAUCGAGGAAGUGAGCGCCAGUCGCAGCGGUAUAGCGUAUGUGGUGUCCCGCAUGGAGUAUUAUUGGAACAUGCCGAGCCUCCUUUUCCACGAGAACAUCCAAGAUACAUGGUCUGAUUCUGCUGGACCUGCUAUGCAGAUGAAGGAGAGCAUCACGGAGCUAUAUACUAUACUGCUACUUUAUGAGAUGAAGACGGUCUGCUACCAUCACCGCAAUCGCUUUAUUCAGAUCACCCGAAGCCUGUUCAAGCUGGACGGAUGGAAGACGGAAUUGUCAGAUAUCAAGGACGCCGAAAGAGUACUUGAGGCAAGGUCUUUGCAAUACAACACGGGAAAGAUAAGGAAGGAUCUCGGAAGGCUCUUUGACUGGUCUGAGACGCAUAAUGCGAAGCUGGAUGACCUUGCCGCUGCCGUCGAGAAGCAGACCACGGCGUAUCACGAGCAACAAGCGCAGAAGAAGGCAGCCGAUGAACUCAAAAAGCGUAACCGACUAAAGAAGGACCUCUUUGCUAGCGACUCGGCUGAUGACAAGAAACGCAUCGAAGAAACCGAAGGUGGAUUGCUCGAUGAAGCAUAUGCAUGGAUUCUCCAGAGCACCGAGUUUCUGGCUUGGAAAGACAAUCCUGAUUACCGGCUCCUAUGGAUCAAUGGGGAUGCGGGAAAGGGCAAAACCAUGAUGCUGUGCGGAGUGAUCAACGAACUCGAGGCCACCCAGGACAGCGCCACUGUCUCGUACUUUUUCUGCCAGGCCUCAAAUGACUCCCUGAACAGUGCCGUUGCGGUGCUUCGGGGGCUGAUCUACUCACUGAUCAGCAAGCGGCCAUUUUUGAUGAAGCAUGUUGAAGCCCGGUAUAACGGCCAUGACAGCAGUUUGUUCAAGAACCACAAUGCAUGGAUUGUGGUACAGGAAAUAUUCCUCAACAUGAUCCGGGACCCUGCCCUCGGAUGCGUAUAUCUGCUGAUCGAUGCUCUCGAUGAGUGCAUCACAAGUCUGGACGAGCUGAUGAGACUUGUCAACCUUGGGCAUGAUGAGGCACCCCAGGUUACAUGGGUCCUCACCAGUCGGCCUUGGCCUGAGAUUGAGUUGUCGCUGCGCAAGGUCGCCUGCAAGGGCACACUGUCCCUCGAGGACAGCUCGAACGCUAUUUCUGAGGCGGUAGCACUCUUUACCAGGAUCAAGGCGGAUCAGCUGGCAGAAGAAAUGGCAUAUCAUCCUUCCACCAAAGAGGCUGUCCUGCAUCAUCUAUCAGAGAAUGCAGGUAACACUUUUCUCUGGGUCUCCUUGGUGUGCGAAGUUCUCAAGAGGGAGCCGGCGUGGAAUGUGAAUAAGCAGACGCUGGAGAACCUGCCCCACGGCCUCAGAGCCAUCUACCAACGUAUGACGAAACACAUUCGUGACUCCGGGGAUAAGGGACUCAUCUACGCGCGAGUCCUAAAAAACGCAAUGGUGGCAUGUCGUCCGCUGUCUCUGCUUGAGCUCAUCACCUCCGUUGAAGAGCUUCAGGAUAUAGCCGACCAGCCUGAGCAAAUCCGGGACGUUGUGAGACGUUGCGGGUCCUUUCUCUCCAUACAGCAGGGCUUUGUUUACUUUGUUCACUACUCGGCUAAGGAAUAUCUGACCGAACAUGAGACCGAAUGGUCCGUGGAUGGCGUCAACCCACAUUACACAAUGGUAUCCAGGGCACUCCAUGUCAUGUCUACUGAUCUCAAGAGAGACAUGUAUUGCCUCAAGGCACCAGACAGCCGGGCUGAUACGGUACAGCCGCCAAUUCCAGAUACUUUAGCUCCCCUCAGGUACUCUUGCCUCUACUGGGGGGACCACCUCAACGAGCUGAGAGCGGCAAACUCCACGCUGUACAAUCGAGUGGCAAGUGCCGAAGGUCCACUGCAGCGGUUUCUAACGACGGCCUUUUUAUACUGGAUAGAAGCCAUUAGUCUCUGCAAUAACCUGGGCAAGGGCAUUGCUAUGAUGGCUCAACUACAUGGUCAUCUUGAGGAUUCCUCAACCGUCAGCAACACCAAAACUGAAAGACAUGACAAUGAUUUCAAGAGCCUGGUCACAGACGCAUAUCGAUUCAUUAUGUACCACCACCCAACCAUCGAACGUUACCCUCUGCAAGUCUACAGCUCCGCGCUUACGUUUAGCCCCUCAAAUAGCAAAAUUGCAAAGAUUUUUUGGAGUGAGAAACCAAAGGAGAUAUCGAUUAUUCGAAAUCCUCACCGAGAAUGGAAUUCCUGCCUGCAGACGCUAGAAUACGAGCACUGUGGUAGUAGGCGCGUGGCCCUGACCCCCUGCUCAACUCUUCUUGCCACAAGUUCCGGCGGUGCUGUCCGAGUCUUUGACGUGCGAAAUAGUACUCCUCUAUGCACAUUCUACCACGGGGCGGGAAACGCAAUCGAUAUUGCAAUCUCUCCCGACACAAUGUUCGUGGCAACGGCUGGAGAUACGGUAGCGCUCUGGUCAUCGAAAACUGGCCGGUGCAUCCGCAUCUUCGAUGGCCACAGACUGCGGGCGACCACUAUUCACUUUUCGCCCGACUCGAAAUGUGUGUUAUCUGGUUCUAAGGACGAAACCCUCAAGGAAUGGGAUAUAGACCAAGGGAAGUGUCUGGACACAUAUAAGCAUGAUGCCCCUGUGGCGUCUGCUGUAUAUUCGCACGAUGGAACUUUGAUUGCGGCCGACUGCGAGAGAGGUUUAUCGAAUGGCAUCUAUAUCUUCUCUUGCCAAAGCAAGAUGCCGAUCAAGAAGUACUGGGCUAGAGGUAUCAUCUCGCCGCUGGCGUUUUCGCACGACUCAAGUCUAGUCGCUUGGACGACUAGAAAUGGCAUUCACAGUUGGAAAUGGGAAACAGAGGAGAUUCCUUUCUCAGUGACCACAGAUAUAGAACCUCGGAGUAGAGUGCAAUUCCUACAUGGCCUCGACAUAGCUGUGACUUGCUGUGCGGAUUUCACACUCAAAAUCUGGCGCGUAGCGACAGGGGAGUGCCUGCAGACACUUACUGGCCACGGCGACAGGGUUUCUUCCAUUGCCGUAUCCCGAAAUAUGACUUUAGCCUCUGCGUCGUGGGAAGGGGCAGUAAAGCUUUGGAAGGUGGAUUCAGCCCAGUGGUCAGGACAAGCUGCGGUGAAACAAGAUGAGGCCGGCUCGACUUCCGGCUCCUAUGAUGCCACAACCUCGCACGCCUAUUUACCGUACAACUUCUUCGUGAGUUCUGGUGUUGGAAAUGGAAAGACUACAAUAUGGAGCAUGGAAGACGGCAAACGCGUACUGGACUUGACGAGUUGUCACCCGGAAUUGUUUGUCAAGGUGUUCGCCCUCUCUUCAGACAAUCGCUUCCUUGCAGCAGGAUAUGCAGUAGAGGGCAAGGCCGAAGAUGAGGAGAUUGAAACUGAGCGCAGUGUUGUCCGCAUACUGGAUCUAUCGGAGCCAGGGUGGAAAGAAACAAGAGAAAGACAUCAAUCAUACAUUACCGCCGUACGAUUCUCACCGGAUUCGAGCCUAGUCGCGUCGAGCGCCUGCGACAGGACUAUCAAGAUAUGGAAGUCAACCACGCGAGAAUUGCUGCAAACAUUGCAGCACGAGUAUGAAGUAACGGAUGUCAUGUUUGCCAACGACAAGAGGCUACUGUCAGUGUCACCCGGCGGCGUAUUCAAUAUUUGGGAUGUUAGCGGCACGCGGCUCCAAACUCUCAACUUGGGGACUCAGUUGCGUUAUGACGACCGAAUGGCUGUCUCAUCAGACGCGACGCACUUGGCGAUUAUAACCUAUCAUAUGAGAAUGCGCGCCCUAAAAAUCCUGAAUCUUGACGACGGCGCAAUGUCCGGGCCGCUAGACAUCGACGCCACAGUGAAGGUCACCGAAUUUACCGCAGACCGGUUACACCUCCAGACCUGUCUUGGUGUCGUCAAAAUCCCGCGGCCUGAAAACGGGUGGCUCGCGUUGCAGAGGACACUGGAUGGAGUCCAGUACCAAGGCGCGGGAAUAGAGGAGGUUAAAGUCGGGUACCGCGGCCCCAUGCCUGGAGCGAGCGCCCCGAUGGACACUUACUUCUACGAGCGAUGGAUCACACAUAAUGGCAAACCUAUUGUGAGGAUGUCAAGCGAUUAUCAAUCCGCCCCCAUCUCCGACGAUGCCAAAGCCGUCUUCGGCUCCCGCACCUCACCACUAUGGUGCCGGCAGCUGCUCAUCGACUCGAGCCUGCAGCAGCCCAUCCAGGUGGGCUGGCGCACGCGCGACCGCGCCCGCACCAACGAGGACUCAUACCUCUCCGGCGUCAUGAACAACCCGGACACCAUCCGCGCGUGGCACACCCUGUACCGGCCGCUCCCCCCCGCCGCCGGCGUCACGUCCCCUGAGGGCCCGCUGGCGGGGGAGCUGCUGUGCCUGUUUGCGCUCGGCAGCGGCGUCAACGGCCACGUCGACGUCGCGCACGGCGGCGUCACGGCCACCAUCCUCGACGUCUCCAUGGGCACCGUCUGCAGCAUGUUCAGCACCGAGGGCGACAGCACCUUUACGCUCGAGCUCAACAUUCGCUACAAAAAGGCCCUCGUCACCCCGGGUAUCUACGUGUGCCGCACCUGGCUGCAGCGCCGGACUACGGGCCGCAAAGCCUGGCUGCAGGCUGUCAUUGAGGACGGCAACGGUGCCGUGUAUGCGGAGAGUGACGCGUUUUGGCUCGAUGUACCAGCCAAGCCCAAAAUAUAA